CGGCAACUAAAAACCCUUUUCUUCCAAGUGAGAGCUGCUAUUCCUCGGCUUCAUUCUCCUGACUACCUCUUCACCAGCUCGUCGCCUCCGCCGCUGUCUACCGUCUGCUCGUAAUCCACUUGGUCACGUCCUGAACUCCCCAAUCCCUUCUCCUGCUGCGACCUUUCAUCCCAGUCGCCGCUCCACCGUCGUCGCACGACUGGUCCUCGGCACUGCUUCCUAGUCUCUGCUGCAAAGGAUUUUUCGUCUAUUCGCUGGUGAGUGGCGAGUCUGCUUCUUUUUUAUCAGUUAUACAUGAUUGGAUAAUGAGUAGAAUUCUAUAGGGUCUUCAAGGCGUUUCUGUUUAGAGCAAUGUCGAGUUUUCGACGAUUGGGUAAUGUGGUUGUUACAAUGGUUCUCUUAGUGAAUCACCAUCUGAAAUGCUUUAACUUGUUUAAAACAUGUGGGGACUAGUUUCAAUCGAGCUUGGACUUGUUUAUGCUUUCAGUGGUCUUGUUUGGCAAUAGAGAAGGAAAUGAAAACCAGUAUUGUUUAGGUAGUUUUCCUUCCGUAACAAUGAAGAGCUUUGUUGCUUUGUAAAGGGCUAUCAUAUACCUUGUUCUGAACGGACGCAUUUCCAUAUCUUCGUAGUGUUAUUUGAACUGAUCCAAAAAAAAAAAAAAAAAAAAAUUCUGCACCAAUAAUAUGUCUAAUGCCCGAAUAGCCAGGUUUGGUUAGCUGCCGUGCUUAGACAGAGAAUAUAGAUUAGAUUUAUAUGAGCUUCUAAGUAUUCAGCUGCUCUCAGGUAUGGCUUGCAAUCUUGACAUUUAUGAUUUCAGAUACUAGAACUUGCUCUUUGAAAACAUACCAAGUGACCAGUUUGUGUUUUCCAUGCAUCAUACUAUCAUGCAUUCUAUGGCUAAGAAGAUCUCAUGUAAACUCAUAAGUCAUAAUGGUAUGUAGUUUGAGUAAACCUAGUAACAUUCUUGGGCAGGAAUUUACUCCUGGGUCUCAGCGAUAUAUUUCAAAUUCUCGUCCUGUGGUAGCUCUUUGAAAAUAAAGUAUUCCUAAGGAGUAUUUUUGGAAAACCCCAGAUGAAAGUUGCUUUCUUACUACUGUUAUCAGACUUAACAGUGGAUGUUAAGAUGAUAGUUAGCGCUCUAUCUUCUCCCUGCUUUGAAAGGCUACACUAGCUGCAACCUUGUCCGUGAGAGAGUUAACUUAAACAUUCCCCCUCUUUGCUUAACUGAAUAAGAUGCCCUGUCUUGUAAUCGAGUUUCUUGAAUUCCUUGAUGAGGAGCUUCUGCAUGCUAGAAAAUGUCGAACUGCCAAAAGAUUGAGGCAUUCACUGGCACAAUGAUGCUAUUUUCUGGCAAAUCCGGCAUUUAAUUUCUUUCUUUGAAAACUUCUGCCAUGGUCCACGUGAUUUAUCUUGAAAAUAUUUCAACUCUGAAUUCACAUGCUACCAUCUUUCUGAUGUUUGUUUGUUGAUUCCUUUUUUUUUUCCAGUUGAAAUGGGUUGGAAGGCAGCUGAAAAGCUCAUCCGACACUGGAAAGUACUAAGAGGAGAUAAUGUCAUGAUUAUUAGGGGCAAGGAUAAGGGUGAGUCUGGUGUGAUUAAACGCGUCAUCCGCUCUCAAAAUCGUGUUAUUGUCGAGGGAAAGAAUCUGGUUAAAAAGCACAUAAAAGGAGGUGAAGGUCAUGAGGGAGGAAUCUUUACAGUCGAAGCUCCACUCCAUGCCUCCAAUGUCCAAGUUGUCGACCCAGUCACAGGGAGGCCCUGCAAGGUCGGAAUCAAGUACCUGGAAGAUGGUACCAAGGUAAGAGUUUCAAGAGCAUCCGGAUCCAUAAUUCCACGCCCUGAGAUUUUGAAGAUAAGGACGACACCGAGACCUACUGAAGCUGGCCCGAAGGAUACUCCGAUGGAUGUGGUGCUGGAGAAGACAUACGACUCUAAGACUGGGAAAGGCAUGCCUGAUCUUUGAAACAACCCCAACUGCACCCACCUUCAAAAUCUUAGGUUCUGUCUGACUGUCAAAUAAUUGUCUUCGACAAUCGACGGGAACGUUUUACAGAAGGUUGUGUUCAAUAUUUACUAGAAAGACUCGUUGCCUCAAUUUGAGAUGAUGCCCUUAGUUUUAGAAAAUGUCCUUUUGUAUGUUAUUUACGAAAGUGCUACCGAGCUCGAAUGGAAACAAUGGAGAGGACACUUCAGUAAUCUUCCUAUUUUAAUUUGCAGGGUGACCAACCAUUGACAAAUAUUACUUAACAUUGAUAGAUUGCCUUCAACAUCACAACAUGUACUAGAUGUUAGAUCCAUUUGGUGACAUUUUUUGUGUGCGACUGAGCAACAGAACACUAGUGCACUGCAUGCCACAUAAUCACGACUGAACUUCUAGCCAUCAGGAUCUGCAUUUUGUCGACCCACACAUAAACAGACAUGCAGGAAGAUGAGGAUGAGCAUCGCCUAGCAAAGCCAGAGACAGACUUCUUCCGGGCGGGCAUUGUUAAUUCUUUGCCGGACUGGAUAAGCUCUGCUCAGCUAGUUUACCAACAUUGCUACUUCUUCUUGACAAGUAAUGGGUUCAGACGCAGCAAGCUGCUUAGAAUAAACAUAGUCACCGGAG